AUGUCAACGAGUAAUUCUGGAAACGUCAACAAUUCGGAAAAGCGCCGAUUCAUCUUUCGCCAAGGACAAGGAGUCUAUAUAUAUCUAUCUAUCUAUCUAUCUAUCUAUCUAUCUAUGUGUCUGUCUAUCUGUCUGUCUGUCUGUCUGUCUGUUGUACCGUAUCUAUCUAUCUAUCUAUCUAUUGUAAUAUGCAUCUAUCUAAAUCUGUUCCUUAUCUCUCUCUCUCUCUCUCUCAAUCUCUCUCUCUCUCUCACUCUCUUUAUCUAUCUCGUGACAUUUGCACCUAUCACGAUCUAUUCAUUAUCUAUCUAUUUAUCUAUCUAUAGCAUUUUGCAUCUAUCUCAAUCCGUACAUUAUCUAUUCAUUGCUAUUUGCAUAUAUCUGAAUCUAGUUUUUUCUUUUUACUUUCUUAUUUUAUCUAUCUAUCUAUCUAUUGCAAUUUGCAUCUAUGCCAAUGUGUUCAUUGUCUAUAUAUCUAACCAUCCACCCUAUUGUGUUAACACCUCACUUCAUCACUGUUUUUUGUUACUUUCUUAUUCUAUCUAUCUAUCUAUCUAUCUAUCUAUCUAUCUAUCUAUCUAUCUUGUAUGUAUUAUAAAUUUCAUCUAUCUCGCUUUGUUCAUUAUCUAUCUAUUUAUUGUAAUUUGCAUAUAUCGCAAACUUUUCAUUAUUUGCCUAUCUAUGGAAAUUACUUAA